CCUCCUAAAUCUCUUUUUCCGCUUCCUGACGAUGUCUGGCCGCCCGUUUUACCGAUUUAUAAACCGCCGCUUCUGGGGGGGAUUCGUGCUGGGCUCGGCUCUGAGCACAUCGUCCUGCUUGGCCGCGCUUUAUCUAUACGACCGGAAAAGAUCGGAGCUAGAGCCAGCGAAAAGGUCACCGUUCGAGGAAUAUGGAUUCCCAGAGAGUGGAGCAGAGGUCAGACAAUACAUCAGUCAUGCUUUAUCCUAUGAUCAAGCCAAAAAGACGCCACAAUGGGUGAUCGAGCAUCUAACAAAAGAGAAAACAGUUGGUAUUGCUGAUCGAAAGCACUGCCGAUUUAAACCGGAUCCAAGCAUUCCAGAAAUAUUUAGUGCCCGCAAUGAAGACUAUUUGCAUAGUGGAUGGUCCCGAGGUCAUAUGGCCCCAGCAGGGGACAGCAAAUAUUCUACAGAGGCUAUGGCUGAAACAUUCUACCUUUCAAACAUUGUGCCUCAAAACUAUGAAAACAACGCCGGCUUCUGGAAUAGAUUGGAAAUGUAUUGUCGAGACUUGACACAGCGAUUUGACGAUGUCUGGAUUGUGAGUGGUCCUCUCACACUGCCCACGCAACAUGAAGAUGGCAAGAAAAGUGUCACCUAUCAGGUUAUCGGAAAGGAUGAUGUAGCAGUGCCCACACACCUUUACAAGGUGAUCCUCGCCAGGAGGAAGCAGUCUGAAGAGGCUCUAGCUGAAGGAGCUUUUAUUGUACCCAAUGCCCCCAUCAGUUUUCAGCAUCAGUUACCUGAAUAUCAAGUCCCCCUUGAGACACUUGAGAAGUUGUCUGGUCUUGUUUUCUUCCCUCAAGUGGACAAAUCGAAAGAAGUGAAGAACAUCUGUGAGGUGGACACCUGUAAACUUAUUGAACUGGAAGAGUUCAAAUUAUACAUUGCAGGACGGAAUAUGAAGAAUGCGAGAAACCUCCAAAAAGUGGAGAAGAUUAUGUCAGAAUUGAAUAUGGCCAACAUAAAGCCGGACAAGUAUCUAUUGGAGCUUUAUGAACAGAAAAAGAAGGAACUGGAGUCUAGUGAGACAGUUACUGUGCGAGAAGGAAGGAGGGGGUAACGGGUCUUACCUGCAUGUUGCAGGGCCAAUUAUCAAAGUUCAGAAUUAUUUUUUUCCUCAGGAACCUUUCAUAAGGACGAACCCCUUCAAAUAUGACUUCUGUAGAAUACCUUAAAAAAAGCUAAACUAGUAGUUAUGGAGAGUAUAAAGCAGGCAUCCUCAAACUCCGGCCCUCCAGCUGUUGUAAAACUACAACUCCCACAAUGCCCUGCUGUAGGCAGAUACCUGUAGGCUGUUCGGGCAUGCUGGGAGUUGUAGUUUUGCAACAGCUGGAGGGCCGCAGUUUGAGGAUGCCUGGUAUAAAGCAUGGCACAUACUUCAGUAAGUAUAUGCCGAGAACUUCUCUAUAAGGCCUGUCCCAUGAACAGACCCAAGGGGCUUUCAUGGCCUUCCAGACUGCCUUAAAGCAGGCAGAGCCCGUAGUAGAUGUGUCACACUUUAUUACACCUCAGUCACUCCUUGAUUUUCACUUCUGGCAGCUAUUUAGUGGUUCCGUUGUAUCAGUUCGGAUGUCCUUUCAGACAAAUUAUUGCCGUCUCAUUAGGAAUAAUCAAAUUUCUAAACAAAAGGCAAGGGGUUCAAAUAUGUCUGUACAUAAGGCUAGGCUCACAUCAGGUUUGGUACAUGCAUUUGACAUGUAUCUACUGCAUUCUUUCAACAUAGGUCUGGUGAAAAGUAGUCUGUGGGCAUGUUAGAUGUAUAUGUCGCCAGCAUUCCCUGAUGUAUACAUACAUAUGGACCGUAGUGCCAAAACUUGGUGUGAACCUAGUCUUGUAUGUACCAUAUCAUGUUGCUGUCUGUAUGAACGUUUUUUUGUUUUUUCCCCAAUGCAAAAUACAUUAAAUGUAUGAAAUCCAAAUUUUAUAAGACGUAAAAUCUGUGUUAUGGUUUAUCCACAUUCCUAAAAUGUUAUACUUUGUGUGGCUAAUACGAACGUGUGCCUUGCGAAUGAAUCAUUGUGAUAACUCUGUAUUGUGUGUGUAGCCUUGUAUUAUUCCUGAGCGCCUUUUAUCAUUCUAGAGUUCUUAAAAUACAGAUUUGCUUGUGUUAGGGGCAUGGUGUAUACAGUCUGCCAUGGAUUUCAUCUGAUUCUUUUUGAAGAUUUAGCUUGUCCAUCCUAAGCCUGUCUUUGCUUUCUCUACAACAGGGCUCGUCAAUCAAAUAAAAGGCGAUAGAAAAGUA